GUGUUGGUUAUCUAAAUCCUCCCUGUUUGUUUAGCUAAGUAGACAAUUGCAAAGUGCAGAUUCCGAGUUCAAACUUCUCUACAGUUUAGAGACACGGUGUUAAUUUGACUUUGCGAUGGAAAUACUGGAUAUUGUUCCGUCUAGAUUUGGCUAUGUCAUAUUGACAUAUUUUUAUAGCUGGAUCAUGUUGUCGUAUCUAGCUAUGAAGGUUGGUGGAGCGAGAAAGAAAUACGACGUUAAGUAUCCGACGAUGUACAGUGAUAAGGAACAGGUUUUCAACUGCAUCCAGAGAGCUCAUCAAAACACCCUGGAAGUCUACCCGCAGUGGCUGGUGUUCCAGACUAUCGCGGCCCUAGUCUACCCGACUGCAGCUGCAGUGUUGGGGGCCAUUUGGGUCACAAGCAGGUUCUCCUAUGCCUGGGGAUACUACACUGGUGACCCAGCAAAGAGGAUGCGUGGUGUCUAUGGAUACAUUGGCUUAUUUGGAGUCAUCAUUCUCUCAAUUUCAGUCGCUUUGCAGUUGCUGGGGGUCAUUUAAGCCCAGCUAAGACCACUGGCAUUCCAUGCUGCCACAUUUUGCUUAAGUAUAUCCUGCUUUUUUAUUGUCAGUGCCUUCUUAAUUAAUUUCAUGGUACUCUGUGCAAUGACAAUAAAGGAAUCUAUUCUAUUCUGUGCUGCAUUGGUAAGCUGCAUUGUAAUCACAUUCGCUACAUUAUAUUACCCUGUGGAAUAGUUUAGCAUUGACAUAAAACUGCAAUAAAAACCUGCCUCUUGAAUCAA